AUGCUUUUCUUGAUUAGUACAUUCAUAACUAAUAAGUGUUCAUAUAAAAGCAAUGGAGCUACUGGAGUACUCAAGUAUCUUUGGCAAUACUACGACUUUGAUGAUGAAGUCGAAGACAGAGGAAACUUCACAAAAUAUGAACUUUCCGACAUACACAUCAACCAAAUUUGCUGGGUAUCCGGAUCAUUUUGUCCAAAACAAACUGGUGAAUAUAAAUUUGAAGCUUGGGGAAAACCGACUCUUUAUAUAAAUUUCGACUUUUUAGGAGAUGAAGAAAAGACAUAUGGUUACUGCGAAGGCAGAAAUCAAUACUAUACUAAACAAAAUAUAAAACUUUAUGCAAACAGAUGUUAUCCUCUUCAAAUAGGGCAAUUUCGAAGCUGUAUACCUAGUGGCAUCAAUGCUAAACUUAAUGAUGUCAUUAUUGACAGUAGCGUUGCUACAUUAAUGGAUUGCCAAACUCAAGAUUGUUUGCCAGGAUAUUACUCAGACACUUGCGAAUUCCAAACAGAUGCAUACUGCAAUGAACAUGGAACACCAGAAUAUGGAAGAACAUCAGAUGGAUUUGGUUGCACUUGCACAAGUUUCGAUUCUAACAUCUUUUGUGAAGAUACUUCUAAAUUUGUUUUUCCGGAAGGUCGUAGAGGAGUUUCAUUUAAGUCAUAUUAUAACACAUCAAGAAUAGAUGCAUCAGCAACAUAUCCUGACUUCUCAAUGCAUGAAUUUUAUGAAUCAUAUUCAACAAUUGAACUUAAUUCUAUUCUUUACGUUCCACAAAACACAUAUUUACAGUUUAAGUUGUCAUCAUCACUUGGUGCACAAUUAUACAUUAACAAUGAACUUGUUGGGGGUUCUUUAAGUGAUAAAUAUGAAUGUCGAGAAGAUGACAUCGAAGUUCUCACAACAGAGAAGAAGAUGUACAACAAAGGUAACUACGACAUUCGCAUUGUUAUGAAUUCAGGUUGUGCUAUCCGAGACCAGUUUGUUGGUCUUGAAUGGAAGUUCUAUCGUUGGUACAAGAACAAUCCACCCGGCUUUGAAGACAUUCCAUCACGCUACCUUGGUACUCCAUCUAACUAG